AUGACAUCUGAGAAUUUUUGCCGUUUAUGUGGUUUAAAAUUACCUUUAUCAUAUUUAAAAACAUUAGUCGAUUUAAAAAAUGAACAAUUGGAUACACUUAUCUCACAAUAUUUAGGCCUUAAAAUGAAUGAAACAAAUGAAUAUCCACAUACCGCAUGUAAUUUAUGCUGUAAAACUGUUUUUGAUUUCCAUCAAUUUACAUUAAUGGUACAAAGUGUUCAACAAAAGUUUCGACAAUCAUUUUCAUCAUCUGGUGCGGCUGCGGUAGACGUAUUUAUCGAUUCAAGUAUUAAAUUAGAAAAUGAAACAAAACAUACAGUGUAUCCAUUGCCAAUUGAAUCACCCAAUAAUGAUUCUAAACAUGUUAAAACUGAAGAGGAUUUUGCGGAUAAUUUUCAUAAUUUUGAUGGUUUUACAAAUGAUUUUAAUACUGAUUCACACGAUUCCGACGAUUUCAUCUUAGAACGUACAGGAAGUGAUAUUAAAUCAGUGCAAAAGAUUUACAAGAUCAUUUUAAAAAAACGACGUAAAAUACAUACAUGUGAAUUUUGUGGAAAACAAUUUAAUAAUGCUACUAAUUAUAAGGCUCAUCGUAAUUUACAUUUAGGUAUCAAACCAUUCGAAUGUGAAGUAUGUGGGAAAACAUUCCGUCUGAAAAGACAUAAAGAAGUACAUCGUAUUACAGUAUGUUCCAAACCGAAAAAACAUGAUUCAGAUAGUCAAGAUGGUGGAGGUACAACAGAUGGUGAUUUAAAAUUAGUUAUUGAUGUAGAUGAUAAUAAAUCUUCAACAAAACAACCAGAAUUUAAAUCAAAAUGGAAAUGUGAAAAAUGUGAUGAAUAUUUUCACAGUGAACAUAUUUUACAAAAACAUAUAAAAAAUGUUCAUAUUACGGAAACGCCUGAAUAUAAUUGUGAUGAUUGUAAUGAAACAUUUGAUAGUAAUUAUAAAUAUGAGAAACAUUUACGUGCUGUACACGGGAUCAAAAAGAAAAAAAAGAAAGGUUCCACAUAUAAGUGUGAUAAAUGUUCAAAAGAAUUUAAUCACAAGACUAAUUACGAUAAUCAUUUGUUAAUACAUUCUGGAAUAAAACGAUUUACAUGUGAGAAAUGCGGUCGAAAGUUUCAUUUGAAGCAACAUUUAGUCGCACAUUCGUUAACACAUUUAGAUAUAAAUAAAGCGGAUGAAGUGAAAUGUGAAACUUGUGAGAAAAUGUUUAAAAAUCAGGAUGUAUUAAAUCGUCAUUUACGCACACAUAUACCGAAAAAUGAACGUUAUAUUUACAAAUGUGAUAUGUGUAGUCAACGUUUUGAGACUAUUGAGAAGAAAGAAGCGCAUCAAAUUAAUAAACAUGAAAACGAAAAGGAGAAGGAAUCGAUUUGCGAUCAAUGUGGUAAAGUAUUUAAAAAUAUUCAUCAAUUAUCGUGGCAUUUAAAAACACACAGUGAUAUUUCACCUUAUAAAUGUGAUGAGUGUUCUAAAGUGUUUAGAAGUAAAUCUGGAUUGAAAAAACACAAAUUAAUACAUACUGGGGAAAAGCCAUUUGAAUGUGAAGUAUGUGGUAAACGAUUUCGUUUAAAACAAAUGUUGACAGUACAUUCAUCGAUACAUUCAAAUGAGCUACCUUUUGAAUGUACAGUAUGCACAAAGAAAUUCAGAAAAAAAGACUUCUUAAAGGUACAUUUACGACAGCAUACAGGAGAGAGGCCAUACUCUUGUCUCGAAUGCAAUCAUUCAUUUGCCAAUGAUUCCAACUUUAUAAAGCACUUGAAGGGGAAACAUGGUUUACGUAAUUUUUCAAUACAAAAUCAACAUCGAUAUCCAUUUACAAAUACAAAUAAUCAACAAUAGAUUUGUAUAAUAAUUUUGUAAAUAAAUUGCGAUACUCAUUAUCAAAACAGCUCUACGUUGUCUGAUAUGUAGCUCGAUCUGUUGUGCAAUCGAAUUAGGUGCUAUAGCUUAGUAAAGAGCCUGUCAGCAAAAUUUUAAUUGAAUCUGAUUUCGUGUAAUAACACAGGUAAAUAAUAUAAAACUUCAUAGUGAGUGAACCCUAUGAUCGGUUGCGUGACCAAAAAAUUAUGUCAUUGCCACAAUUGUGCCAUCAACAAUUAUAUUUUGGUUCAGAAAUUAAGUAAACAAGAAUUCAGAUAGAAUGAUAGCAAAAUUUACGUAUCAGAUUAGUUCAU